AUGCGUCUCAAUAAAGAAAAGAUGGCAAAUUUAGAUCCCGAAAUUCUUUACGAUGAAUCGCAAACUACUCUUCUUCAUUCUCUGGAGGCUUUUGUUGGCAUAAUCGAUUUUAAUCGUCUCGGGCAUCAAAAGAGAUUUGGCGGCAUGCUGGCUUCGCCAUCAUUAACAGCGGCCUAUCUGAUGAAUAUAUCGACCUGGGAUCCUGAAGCCGAGGACUUCCUUCGCGCUUGUAUAUUUGACAGUAGUGGACGAGGUAGUGGUGGCGUCCCAAGUGCCUUUCCAAGUACAACGUUCGAGAUCACUUGGAUCACGACCACUCUCUUGCAAAAUGGCUUCACUGUAGAGGAUCUGGGACAAGUGAAUAUAUCAGAGACAAUCGAUUAUCUCAAGAAGCAACUAGAUAUGCAUGAAGGAUGCGUUGGUUUUGCAGAAGCUAUGCUUUCAGAUGCGGAUGACACUGCAAAGUCGUUACUUGCUCUGUACUUGUGUGGUGAAUUCGCUUCCCCAGGCCCUCUUUUGUCUCGAUUCGGGUCCAAAGGAUACCUCCAAACAUAUCUUGGGGAGAGGAAUUCCAGCUUUAGCGCCAACUGCAAUGUUCUAAAAGCCUUACUCCACUCACCAAACCCUUGUGAAUACCAGUCGUGGAUAUGUUCUAUUACCAAUUUUCUCUCUGACUCUUGGUGGAAAGGCGAAAUCAAGGACAAAUGGAACUUAUCCCCAGAAUAUUCCAUGAUGUUACUGUCGGAAGCACUUAUUGGUGUUUUACAACUCUGGGACAAAGGCCUACUGAAAGAACUCCCAAAAAGCGUGGUGUAUCACAAAAUCCCUGUGAUACUUGUUCAAAUCCUGAAUAGACUACUCUUCAGUCAAAGCCGAGACGGCUCAUGGGGACUCAUAGAAGUAACGGCAUAUACAGUAUCCACACUUACAGCCCUAUCGGAUGUUCCUUAUUUGGACGCACUUGAAGAAUUCUUCGAGUCGGCGAUCAAAUCAGGAAAGGAGUUUCUAAAAAAGUCUUUUAGAAUUGAUCGCUGGUCCGAGCCACAGUACAUCUGGGUAGAGAAGGUCACUUACGGAUCUAGUAAUUUAUUGAGAUCUUAUUGUCUUGCUGCUCUCAAAGCAUCCCGGAAAUCGUUUGGUUGGAGUGAUGACCUCAAAAGUCUCCGUCCAGAUAUUGCAAAAAUUCUGGGUCUCACCAAAUUCUAUCGGAAGUUGCCCAAAUACUCCAAAGAAAGCUGGAAAAUCAAAGCAUGCGUCUUAGAAGGCCUCAUAUUUUUACCUCAGUUGAAGUCUACCAGGCUCGAGAUAUUCCCGGUCAACAAAGAAGCAUCAGAACAAUACUUGGAACACAUUCCAGUGGCCUGGGUCCUUGUGAAUAACUGUGAAGAACUACUUCUGAGCUCAGAUCUUCUUUGGGAUAUGAUGGAAAUUUCCCUCCUAGAUUUUCUGGUGGAUGAAUAUAUGGAGUCAAUGGUUAUUGGACUAGCUGAUGAUGAUCUUAAACUUCUUGAAGUCGCACUAAAAGCCAUUUGCGACUCUCAUUCUACAUGCAGACUUCUACCUGCUUUUGAAACUCGAGUCGUGAAGAGAAAGCGAUCUGCCGAUACUUUACUAGAGGAAUUUACAGACAGAGACAUUAUUCAAGCUCGGGCGAAAAGGCCAAGAUCUGAUAUCAGUGAUGGUAUGAUCACUCCACCUAAAAUUCAAACCUCAUCCAAAACAAAGCUCCUUCUUGACGUCAAGGCUGUCUUUGAAACCUACAUAAGCUUUGUAAUGAAUCAUCCUCAUAUUUCAGGGGCCGCAACUGGCGAUAAACAUGCUCUGCGAAUUGAGCUGGAGGCUUUUUUAAUUGCGCACAUUGUUCAAAUCCGGGAUAAUAAUCGAUUGGCAUCACAGGAAACAGGGGAGAAACAAGAAGUCUUGAUAUUCACUGACCCUCAGCUUCCCUACUAUUCUUGGGCUCAUACUAUUGCCUCGAAACAUAUUUCUGCUCCCUUGUCCUUCUCUUUUUACACCUGUCUUCUGAGUUGUAACAGUACGACGAAUGAAUUUUCUGGUCUUUCUUCGGCAUAUGAGAGAUACCUGGCGCAGGAGUUGAGUUCUCAUCUUGCGGUCAUGAGUCGACUGUACAACGACUUUUCAUCGAUCGCUCGUGAUUUUAAGGAAAGAAAUCUAAACACUGUCAACUUUCCCGAGUUCCACGAGAUGCGGGACGGCGUUCCAAUAAGUGUGAAAAGUCUCAAGAAAGAAGUACUGGCACUUGCUAGUUAUGAAAAAGCAUGUAUGUUGAAGACAGCACAGGAAUUAGAAGAUCAUCUUCGAUCCGGAAUAAUUGGGGGGCGGAGAAUGUCACAAGCACUCAGAUUGUUUGUAUCGGUUACGGAAGUUUUUGCGGAAAUGUACGUGCUUAAGGAUCUUACCAAUCUUGUGAAGUGA